AGGAAGAGAAAGUUAAGUCAAAGAAAAAGAUUGACAGAGAAAAGUUGGAGGAGAUUGAAAGACAAAUGGAAUGUUGGAAAAUAUGGAUGACAGAAGCGGAAGUCAGAGAUAGGAAACAGACAGGGAAAGUUUUACCAAACAUGAAAAAUGAAAUGAAAAAUGAUGAAAAAGAAAAACCAGAUGCUUUCACUGAUAACCCCACCACACCCCCUGUGUCUGCUCUUUAUCCCUCUCUGACCGGUGGAGUUCGAGGCAAAGAAGAUUGGGUUCCCACCUACAUGGCUCCACCUGUCCUGCCCCCACAGCAACAGCAGCUCCUGCAGUUCUUGCCACCACCAUACCCCGGACAACAGCCCAUCAUCAACCCCCAUAACCCCUUCCACGGACAACCUCAGAACAUGCCAAAACCAGAACUUUCUGCACCAUCAGCCCCACAGACUGAGGAUGAAAAACUGACGUCAGCCUCCGGAGGAAAAUUGGCACAAUCAACACCUCCAGGGAGCCCAGACACAUCCUCCUCUGACGAAGAUAAUAAACCCAACAAAUCCUUGUUCGAAUCCUUACUUGGCAAAACUCUGUCCGAAAUUGUCUCCCCAACACCCAAAGAAACACCCAGAAGGUCAGAAAGACAGAGGACGCUGACCUCUCACUUCCAAGCCCCCAUGGUCGAGUACCCGGCCGGCGCAAACGACGCCCCAGUCCUCAUCUACAGACCCGCUGAUGACGAAAUGAAGACAGCCGCAAAAGACUGGCCACCCAUGGAGAAAGGAGGUGAAGAAUUGGCAAAAAGCCUCCUCCUCUUCUGCAAAAUGUGGAGACCCACUGCCACGGAAUUGAGGAAGCUUCUCCUCGUGCACAUGGGGCCCCAACACUACUCCAAGAUACAAGCAACUGUAGAAACAGAUGGCUUCGAAGCACUGGCAGCCAAACUGGUUCCAUGGACAGAGGCUGGCGACUGGGAGAUCUGGGUCAUCACCAUCUGUAACAAACUGAGAGAAAGUUUUGCUGUAAAGGUGGACUACGGACGACUGAGAGACUGUAAACAACAAGACCAUGAAAGUGUGUCCGAUUAUUUCCACCGCCUCCUUGAUGUCUGCAUCCGCCACUCAGGACAGGCAAAACCCGACGUGUGGGAGGGUGUGGAAACCCCCUUUGAAAAUAUCAUGAAGAUGGCCUUUGGGGAGGGCCUCCACAAGCCCAUUUUGACCCAAGUUCGCUCCACCCUUGUGGGAGGCUGGGCUGAAAACAGACUGCAAGAGCUCCUCAAACACGCCAAACACGGUGAACAAAGAGAGAAAGAAAAGAGAGACAAAACUGCCAGACACCUAGACACUGCCACUCUAAAUGCUCAGCUGGCUCUGGCCCACUUGGACAGCUGCCCUUUCAGAGGACAAGACAGAAGCCGUGGACGCGGAAGGGGCCAAGGGCACGGACGCGGAAGAAGAUAUUCCCGCACAUAUGACCCCACCAAAUGUUUUAACUGCGGGAAGCAUGGCCACUGGGCCAAAGACUGUCCAGAAACACCAAGAGAGGGGGACGGAGGAAACCGUCGCAGGGGCUGGCAGGACAACGAACAAGUUCCCUAUGCCUCGGACUGACCAUCAGAGAGAGGAGUUGAGCACAGGUAAAGGAGACACUCCCACCCUCGGCUGACACGCCGCUCCAUGACCUGAAACCUGGUGAUUACGUGGUCAUAAAGAACUUCAGGAGGAAGUCCUGGCAGCAUCAGCACUGGCUUGGACCUUUCCAGAUCCGCCUCACCACUCACACGGCUGUGAAAGUUGCUGAGAGAGCCACCUGGACACACGCCACCCACUGCAGACGAGUCCCGGAUCCGACAACUCCACCAACUGACCCUGACACCUCCGGAUAGAUCCUCUGCUCCGGCUACCCUCCCCCGCUGUCAUAGACUGAGAGACAGCCCCUACAGCUCCUGCCAUUGACUGAGAGGCAGAACAUCAUGGAAAGACCACACCCCUGGCACCCUUUCAGGAACCACCCCGGCCUUUGUGGGCUGAGAGGGACCACCUGCAUCCUGUUCAUGCUGGCCGGCUUCAUGCUGGCCCCCUGGUUGUGGUAUCAACUGCAGGAGGAUGAACUCCCGCCACUCCUCCCCCUACAUAUUCCCUGCUUAACCAAGACGAUGUCCCUGAGUUACCUGAACAACCCUCUUUCCCCAAACCUCACUCCUUUUCCUCAUCCUCUAGCUCUGAUAACUCCUCCGAAGAUGAGGACAUGGUGUAAUUGCAUUCAUAUGUGUUGUACAUGCCCCUUUGGGACUUCAUUUUUCAUUCCUGUAAGCUUUGCAAAAUUUUAAGAUGUCUAUGUCUUACAAAAAACAAAUGCACUCCUACUCCUUUCUUCGUCUAUUUUUAUGAUGUGUUCUCUUAAACCUGACUGGUGUGAGCGCACGGAUGUUUGAUGGAUGUUUCUUUGAUUAUUGUAUGGUUUUGAAGUAUGGUUUUUGUUUUUAUAUAGACAAUUUUAUAUUUUUAUAUUUCAUGUGAUUUUCAGGGUGAUAUUUAUACUGUUGUAUUUUUCCGUGUUCUUUGUUGAUUAUUUGUAAUCAAAAGAGGGGAAUUGUAGUGGAAAAAUACUAUCUGUCUGUUGCCUUCGUCUGACCUUAAAAGAUUAGGAUGUUCGUGCGUCAUUUAGCAAUUAGAAACUGUUUCUCUGUAUGGCCUGGGUCUGUAUCUCCAACAGGAACACUCCUUAGGAUCUGGGUACAGCAUGACCUUAGAUCAGUGCCCUCCUGACAAAGGAGUUUCUGUUGGUGUUCCUCCGAACCAGGUGCCUUAUAGAAGCUUGCAUAGAUAAAUCACCAGACAAACUAGCAGAAGGCGUAGUCACUAGGGCAAGCUGAAACCAAUGACAAUGUUUUACUCAUGUAUAUGCAAAAUACCUACACCCUGUGAAAGUAUAAAUAUGCUCUGCAACCUGGACUGCCCCAGGAAUCUUUGAUGCACUUGUGACUGAUGUUACUUUUGUAGCUGAUUGCCCCUUUUGCA